GGUGUUGAGCUGGUCUGGGCGAGAUGGAGUGGGUGACAGUUAAGUGAGGUGUGUCUUGAGCAUCUUUCUAACUGAGCGAGCUGUCGCGCGCGGGCGACUUGGCGCGGCGCUCCGCUGUGUCAGUGUGUUAUGAUGCCAUCUCGUACCAAUCUGGCUACUGGAAUCCCCAGUAGUAAAGUGAAAUACUCAAGACUCUCCAGCACAGAUGAUGGCUACAUUGACCUUCAGUUUAAGAAAAGCCCUCCUAAGAUCCCGUAUAAGGCCAUUGCGCUUGCUACAGUGCUGUUUUUGAUUGGCACCUUUCUCAUUAUCAUAGGCUCCCUCCUGCUGGCGGGCUAUAUCAGCAAAGGGGGGGCAGACCGGGCCGUUCCCGUCCUGAUCAUUGGCAUCCUGGUGUUCCUGCCAGGAUUUUACCAUCUGCGCAUCGCCUACUAUGCAUCCAAAGGCUACCGGGGUUACUCCUACGAUGACAUUCCAGACUUUGAUGACUAGCACCCACCUCAGCCCUGAAGAGCAGAGUCAGAUGGGACUGAGCUCAGUUUUAAGAUACUGAGCAGAAACAAUGGCUAAGGGCUAAGGAAUUCUGCAGUUUGCAGAUGUUUAACAAAACAAUGGCCAGGUUUCAUGGGUCCAUCCUAAAGAUGUUACCUGGGUUUACAAUUAGCUAAUUAGGUACAUUCUGUAUUUCAUCUCCUGGCCCUGACAACAAGCUGACAAGUUUUUCCACAUGAACCUAUCAUAAAGAAUAGCAAUGUUAAUUGGAAAAAGUGGGAGGUUAUUCUGUAGUGGGAAAUGUUACUGCCAACACCCUUUUCAGAGUUGAGCAUUUCUUUUAACUAGACUUUAUUGUCAGCUUGUGACAAAUGGAAGAACGCAGUAUGUCAAAUUUCUUAUACCAAGUAAUUUAUUUUGGAAAUACCUAAGUAUCUUAUCCCCUAUGCCCUGACUUUAUGUUCUAAUAGAAGACCUUGGUAAAAUCAAAUGUUAAUGUGGAUGCAUCUGUAAUAUUUUUUACUUGCUCUCUUAUUAAGAACAAUCAGGAAUUUUAAACCUCAGAGCAAAUUUUCAAAAUGUACACUUUCUCUGUUCACCAAUCCUUGGCCAGCUCUGAUCUGGUUCACUAUUAGGUUGGGCACCAUAUAUUUUGGGUAAUUCUACCCUUUAUAGAUUAAGAUGUUCUCUAAGUCAUGCCUUUAAGGACUAGACUUUUGGCUGUUUUCUAAGGAAAAUAUAUAUAUAAAUAAUUAUUGAGAGUUUAUAACCCCAUUGUUAGCACCUUGUAUUAUGAUGUCAUUCUGCUGAAGAUCAAAAGAUUUGGACUGAAUCCCUAAGGGAUUAGACUGCCUUAGUUGGAUUUUGUUUCUUAGCUUGCAAAAAGUGGCUUCUGUCCAAACGAAAUUAAAAUGUCAAAAUCUAAAUCCUAUACUUAAAUGAGUUAACUUUAAACAUAUUUCAGAAAACAUAUUAAUGAUUAUAUAAUAUCUUAGAUUCCAAUACACAGGACUGCUUUCAUUUUUUUUCCCUUUUGUUGAUUUUAGAGAGAGAGGAAGGGAGAGGGAGAGAGAGAUAGAAACAUUGAUGAGGUGAGAUGAGAGAGAACAUCAA